CUAGUUUAAAGGAAAAUAUUAUUACAUAGAAGUAAUCGUCGUUUGUGCUGAACCUGGCCUCAAACAUGUUGUCUGCUACGCUCUCUGCUGUAAAAAGGGCAGUGCCCUCUCCAGCAUGGCUUGCUACAGCAGCCGUGAGGAUGAAGCACACACUGCCAGACCUCCCCUACGACUAUAAUGCUCUAGAGCCCUACAUCUCGGCUGACAUCAUGAAGCUUCACCACAAGAAGCAUCACAACACCUACGUCACAAACCUCAAUGUGGCUCAGGAGAAACUGUCAGAAGCAGAGGCAAAAAACGAUAUUAACAGCAUCAUUUCACUCCAGCCAUCCCUCAGGUUCAAUGGCGGAGGACAUAUCAACCACUCCAUCUUCUGGGAGGUGCUUAGCCCAAAUGGUGGUGGGGAACCGGAUGGGGACCUCAUGCACUGCAUCAAACGCGACUUUGGUUCAUACGAUGAAAUGAAGAAAGAGCUUACUGCAUCAGCUGUGACAGUCCAGGGCUCAGGGUGGGCGUGGCUUGGGUUUAACCCGGUCAGUGGCCGUUUGAGAGUGUCUGCCUGUGCUAACCAAGAUCCCCUGGAGGCUACAACAGGACUGGUUCCCCUCUUUGGCAUCGAUGUCUGGGAACACGCAUACUAUCUCCAAUACAAGAAUGUGAGGCCAGAUUAUGUUGGUGCUAUUUUCAAUGUUGCCAACUGGGAAAAUGUGGCCCGAAGACUAUCAGAAGCCAAACUUGCAGCCUGAAGUUCAUGACUCACGACAAAAACAGUGAACUGUGUAUAAAAUGAGACUUGCUUACCCAAGGAAAGAUCUGUACCUGAUGCUUGGUGUGGAAUGAUGAAAAUUGCAUUUGACAUUAGUAGACAUUGAAAUAUGUUACAAAUAUGAUGAUUUAAUCAUGACUGAAAGAUUUUUGAUGUGGCUUUUAAAACACUGUUCUGCUUUGAAUACAAUUACUCAGUAUCUCAUGGCCAAUGUUAUUGUGGUAUUGUUUUGAAAAAUACAUUUGUAAUAUUCAAA